AUGGUCGUCCCGCCGCACUACCAGCCGCCGCCUUCUUCUCAGCAUUUUUACAACUCUCCUGGGUGCUUGUACUAUCCGCCUCCGGGUGCAGCUGCAUGGUCGGCGCCGCCGGCGCCCGGAGGAAGUCCGCCAGAGCAUGCGUUGUACGAAAACUGGUGGUCGCCGGCAGCUCAGGGGCCGCCGCCCCCGACAGGAGACCCGGCUGGCGUGCAUACAGCCGGGACAUCGCCGGGGUCGUCGAACAAGCCGGGAAGCAGUUCUGAUGUGCCUCCUCGCCGUCCGGCGGGGGACCUCCCGCAUGUAGACACAAGUGGUGACAAACCUACACAUGAACCCAAGAUCGGAACAUCAACAUUGAAUAGCUCGCAGCUAGUACAAGAAGACCAAAAGGCUAGAGCUGCGAAAGCGGAGGAGCAGCGAAGACGUCUUGCAUGGAAGAAGGUGGAAGCUGGAGUGCGAAAGGGAACUUCGUUACCUCCCUUCCCACCUAACGAGGCUCCCUUUCACGCCUUUCCGCCAGCAAACCUAGUGGGCGGCGUGGUCGGGGACUAUCCACGACCUGCGGGGCCAGCACCGAGGAGAACCGAGAACACCGAGCCUCCUCUGAUACAACAUCCACCUGAAGAUGACUUGGCAGGACGAAAGAAGAGAGCUCGAGUUUUAUUACCGCUUCCAGGAGGAAAGGUUUUUGAUCCGGAUGCGAAGAAAGCAGCACACGACCAAGCUGCGAGCGAGGCUGUCUAACUGGAACAGAAGCACCAAGCGAACAACGAGGCAGCAGACCGACGCCUAUGAAAUGGAAUUACAGAGGGCGUGUGUCUUCUACGCCAAUUUUGGAACACUCUACUCGGCCGUCCAGCACAGUAUGCACUAGUAUUUUCGUCUCGUCUCGUGACGAAAUAACGAAAAUCAAAAUUAGAAAUACAACUUGCUUCUUCUAAGUACUUUUUUAUUCGUACGAGGUGUACAUGAGAAAGUUGUAGAGGAAGCAAGCGAGAAGGUAGUAUCGAUUUUCCGGGGCAGCUGCCAAGUAGACCAACGGAGUUGUAGUAGUCCUUCCCUUGUAUACUAGGACUCCUACAAGGGAUGGUCUACUUCUUUCCAUCCGCUCCUACAGUAGGAGCAGAUGGAAAGAUGACAAAGAAGUAGACCGCCUUAUUGAAUAUUCGAAGUGUUUCGAAAUUCAGAACUACCAGGAGGGACUGAAAUCUUUUAGGAAUUCCGUGCAGCACCAGGUGGUCCGAU